AAACUUCAUCCGGUCUCAACAAGGUCCUUCUUUGAGCCUCAAUCAUAUCCCGUCCCCUCCCUAACCCGAUCCAUCUAGCGGAUGCUUACAUCCUUCCCCUCGCCUAAGCUUAUUUUCUCAUUCGUUUUAUUUCUUUUUAUCGCCGUCGCGUUUGUUAGCAUAAGCCCAAAUCCCGCCAUGGCGAUGAGAAGAGCCCCACCUCUCUUAUUUCCGGCCGCGGCCAAGCAUACGGCUACCGUCAUCUUCGUACACGGGUUAGGCGACUCCGGGUAUGGAUGGGCCUCCGCUGUCGAGAACUGGAGAUUGCGACGGAGAUUAGACGAGAUCAAGUUCAUCCUACCCCAUGCUCCUGCCAUACCCGUCACCGCUUCUGGAGGGAUGGCGAUGCCCGGCUGGUAUGAUAUCUUCGCGUUGAGUGGAAAGACGGAUGAUAUUAGGAAAAAUCAAGAUGAGAGCGGCAUUCUGCUGAGCCGGGAAUAUUUUAACGGACUCAUCCAAGCCGAGAUCGACUCCGGUAUACCGGCUAACCGCAUCGUCCUCGGCGGCUUCUCCCAAGGCGGUGCCAUAUCCCUCUUCACCGGACUGACAUCGAAGUAUAAGCUUGCUGGCAUAAUUGGAUUGUCAUCCUAUCUGCUAUUAGACCCUAAGUUCGCCAAUUUCGUCAAAGAGAAUGACAAUAACCACGAGACUCCGGUUUUAAUGUGCCAUGGCGACAUAGAUCAGGUCGUGCCGACGAACUUUGGCAAGAUAUCUUAUGAACUGUUGAAGUCGCAGGGUUUCAAAGUCACCAUGAAGGUCUACCCCGAUAUGGGCCAUUCGGCUUGCGUGGAGGAACUUAAUGAAGUUGAGGCCUUCCUAGGAACGUGUUUACCUGCUGAAGGCGAUAAGAAAUCAGAGCUAUGAGUUAUUUCAGGCAAGAAGCGACGAACGGUAGAAGAAAAGGGGUACAAGACACUGCUAGAUCAUCGCGUCUAGAAUGAUUAUUAUGUCCUGCUCAUGAUAUUUGAUGGUACAAAAGUCGGAGUCAUAGGAGAGGUUCCUAUGUUUCUAGAUACCUACCUCCAACCCACAUACCUAGACAUAGAUGAUAGAACGUUGAUUUCUACCGCCAAGACAGAAGUAUUAAAUGAUGGAGUAUGCCUCGUUACGAAUGAAUAGCAUCUUGAAUUCAUUCAGCAGGUCUCAAUCCAUCGAUUACUAGGUAGUCCGGACAAGACUUUAUCGUUGCAUUUCGUAUAAUUGUUCUUGGCCGUAAAUCUUCCUGGAGAAUUCGAAAUCUCAUAACGAAUUAAAACUAGCCAUGUGCGCCAUCAAAUAAUUGAGUGAAUCCACAUGCCCACCCACAGGAGACAAGAACUGCACGUUUUGAUAGAAGAGGUUAGAAUACUGGACGCCUCCCACCUAUUUGUAUGCAGCUGUUAUGUACAUACUAUGUAAUG